CGAGCGACGCGUGUGCGCUUGCGACGCGUACUCCUACUCAUCCAUCUACCACUUCUUCAUCAUGGCAAGACGAUACGAUAGCCGCACCACCAUCUUCUCCCCAGAAGGCAAACUGUACCAGGUCGAAUAUGCGAUGGAAGCCAUCUCGCACGCUGGGACGGUGCUCGGGCUGCUUGCCAAGGACGGCGUGGUGCUCGCGGCCGAGAAGAAAGUGACGGGUAAACUUCUCGAUCUGUCUGCGACGAAGGAGGGUGGAUACGGGGGCAGCGGCGAGAAGAUCUUUCUCUUGAGUUCGAAUGUCAUCGGCGGUCUCGCAGGUCUGACUGCUGACGCGAACUCGGUGGUCAACUACGCACGAAAUGCUGCCCAACAACACCUGCUCUCCUACGAUGAGGAUAUCCCGGUCGAACUAUUGGCACAGCGACUGUGCGACAUGAAACAGGGAUAUACGCAAUUCGGAGGUCUCCGACCCUUUGGUGUAUCGCUCCUCUACGCUGGCUAUGAUCCUCACUACCAGUUCCAACUAUAUCGUUCAGAUCCAUCAGGGAACUAUUCCGGCUGGAAAGCCACCUGCAUCGGCGCCAACAACGGCACGGCCCAGAGCUUGUUGAAGCAAGAGUACAAAGACGACAUUGAAGUCAAGGACGCUAUUGGGUUGGCGCUGAGGACGAUGAGCAAGACGAUGGAUAGCACGACGCUGGGCAGCGAGAAACUCGAAUUCGCUGUCUUAACACUGGAUCCUGUGACCAAAGAGCCAAAAGCCAAGAUCUAUCGGCCUGCAGAGAUAGAUGCGUUGUUGGAGAAGGAAGGUCUGGCGAAGAAGGAUGAGGAUACCGUGAUGAAGCCAGCAUAAUGUGUAUUUUCUUUUGCAAACCAUUGAAAGGCGCUCUGUUGUUGUGAAUUCCUUCCAUUCUCCUGCCAUGCCCUUGGUGUCGUCGCUCAGCAAAGCAUCGACGUUGAUGGUACCCCC